GAAAUAUUAUAAAUAUUAUUAAAGAUGAACAAGUUGAUCACAAUUGCCUUUGUGCUAAUCCUCAUUGCCGGUGUCUACACAAGAGAAGCUCCUGUUAGAAAGUUGACAAAAGGUGAUUCUAUUGAGCCAAUUGACUUCCAUUCUCCAUUCUCUUACUCAUCAUGCAAAGGUGCUAUUCUCGACCUACUGAAUCAGUUUGUCUUGAUGUAUGGAGACUUCUACGCAACGGAGGGUCUUAACACUGAGUUCUUCAGACCAUUCCAGGUUAUCACUGUAAAAUUCAGUGCUUUCGCUAAAGCUUGCUUCUAAAUAUGCCUACGUGGACUCCAGGUCGUUGAUAGUUAACCUUUUGAACCAGAGAUUGCCGA